AUGCAUCUUAAGAAUAUCAGUCUCCCAGCCUCAUCAGUCUGGGCCCACGACUAUGCUUUUAACUUGCAUAAGCAAAGACUCAAACUGAUAAAGCUUACCCCAUCAAAUAGGGUUGAUAACUCAGAGCCUGCAACGAAAAGGUUUAUGACUUGCAAGCAUCGUGGACAAGCGUUCUUUGAAAGCGAAAUAAAUAAGACCAUUCAAAUUGAUAACCAAAAAUUACUUACUUCGGUCUAAUAAAAUAAUAUUUAUUUUUUAAAAAUAAAUAAAUUUCAUAUAAAAUAAUUUUUUUGUCAUAAAAGAGCUGGAAAACUCACAUGAAUAUCAAAUAGAAAAAGAGUACAAAUCAUAUAGGCUUUAUCAAUGACAUUUAGAGAGUCCACAUCUCCACCUAGAAGUCUCAAUUUUGUAUCAAGAAAACGUGAAGCUGAACGAAUUUUGCUAGAAAAUCACUCAUUUAUGAGGAGGUUAAGCGAAAAACCUUCUAGUGUUUCUUUGAAUAAGUUUAGGUAUGAGUAUGAGAGAAAUAUGAAAUAUAAAGCAAAUGCGUCAAAAAUGAAGUUUAAUGUGCUGGGAAAUAAAAUAGGCAAAAAAGCAAAUUUAUUGCCACCUUUGACUGAGCAGCCAAGAAAACUAAGAAGCAUCUCGUUAAAACGCGAGUCUAGCUCUCCUCUUAUAAUAAAAAAAUAUCAAUUUUUAUUUUUUGAAAUAAAUAAGCAAAUAUAUUAAUGAGGAGUAAGACUGAUAGAAGCAAUUUAUCAAUGACUGAUAGACGAACUAAAGAUGUGUCAAAAGGAAGCAUUUCUCCAAAAGAAACUGCAAUAAAACCUGAAAACUACAUGCAGAAAGUUAUAAAAGAAAAGAAAAGUGAGAUAAAAAUUGAUGAAAAUAAGCAAGAAAAUAAGCAAGAAAAUGCAGGGAUGUUUUUAACAGAAAUUACACCCAUGCAUAAAGAAGAGAUAAAACCAAUUGAAAUUUUUGAUGAAAAAUAUAAUAAACCAAUAAUAAAUGUUGAGGAAAAACAAAAAAAUCCUCAAGAAAAUCAUACAGAUGUUAUAGAAGACAAAGAAAAUUUUGAAACUAUUCAAGAGCCAAAAGAAGAAACCAAAGAAAAUUUGGAGAUUAAUCAAGAGCUAAAACAAGAAACUAAAGAAAAUUUAGAAAUUAACCUUGAAGAAACUAGUCCAGAAGAGAUACAAGAAAACAAUGAAGAAGUCUUUGCUGAAGAAAAUAAUCCUGAAAUAAUCCUAAUUACUGUAAAUUAAAUUUAUUUUUUUUUUAAAAAAUAUAUUCCUUAUUCAAACCAAUAACCAAUAGUAAAUGAAGAGCCGCCAAUGACUAAAAAAGAAAAAACCCCAAUCGCCAAUGAGUACGCAGAAGUUUCUUCAGAAUCUUCUGGCCUAAAUAAGCAAGAAGAAAACCUUCCAGCUUCAAUUGAAGAAGAAAUUGCUUCCUAA